CUGCAGGACCUAAAAGCGGCUCGAGAGUGCGCCAAGCAUCUAAAUCUCGUAUUCCCCAGCACUCCCCUUGCCCGCCACGAAAGAAAUUGACCAGCGCCCAGUCUCGGUACGAUUGCUAGCGCCUCAACCUAAUUCUUGGCCUCGCCGCAAUCUUUCGUGUGCUUGAAUCAGGCAGACCCCCUCAAGGGUCCUAUUUAAAGAUAUGGUCAUCCCUCAGUCCACGCGGGUCUCGUUCUCGCAGCGGUGGACCGUUGAAGUGGCAGAAACCUCCUAUACGACAAUACCAGGCCUCGAUCCUAAUACUAGCCAAGAUGGUGAAGUUCGCGAAGCAAUUAGGGAUUUCCCUCCUUCUCCUCUUCUCCGCCGUUGUGGCCGAGGAAACAAUCGCGGACGAGCCUCAGCAGCUGUACAAUACAUCACUGCACAUCUCCCAAGAAGGCAUCCUGAAUACUCGUGAUCUGUUCGGCCUUGAGCCCAGAGCCUAUACAUGCCGUUCAGGAUACUCGGAGUGUGCCUACGAUACUUCGCGCUGCUGCCCAAGUGGCACGAGCUGCUGUGGAACCGGCUACUGCGCGGACCCUGGCGAUACUUGCUGCACUACUGGUGGCACCUGUCCUAGCGGAUGGAACUGUUGUGGCGAUGCGUGCUCCCCCGUUGAUGGAGAAUGCUGCAAUGGUGGAUACUACUGUCGCGCUGGCAAGCAUUGCCGCAUCUACAAUGGCGAGAAGGUGUGCUGCCCUUCGUCUGGUUGUUCAGGAGAGUCGGAUUCUGGGAGUCUGGGAGGUACGGUCACAGCUGUGGCUACCGUAACUGCAACGACGACUUCGAGGACCACAUCUACCUACCAGCGUACCUAUGCGGACUACAGCUACUACUCUACGACUUAUUACUGGACUUUCUAUUACUACUUCUGGACCUCGUUCGCCCCCUACACUGUGCAGACCGUCACCUCAACAAUAACUACGACCACAACUAUUCUGUCCGUCUACGUGACCGACAGCGCCGAAGCUAGCUUCAGUUUCUCCAGUAAAAUCAGGUCCCUGAGCUCGGAUGUUCCCUACUCCGCCACUUCUCUCAAGGGCUCGACCAACCCAGUUACCAUUCACACCGGAGUAUCUGCCCCCACCUCGGGCUCUUCUUCAUCCAUCUCAGGAGGUCAGACCGGUGCCAACGCUGCAAGCAACGUGCCUGUUGACAUCAAUGUUAUUUUGAUUGGUACCGCCUUGGCGGCCGUGGUUGGUGGGCUGGCUCUGGGGCUGUAACAGGCACGCAGUGGGCGAACCGCUUGCGAGUGUUCAUGUGCGGGAUCCUGAAUGGUACUGUCAUCUUAUGAUCGAUUUUAAUGUUCUACAUGUGCAAUGGACUAUAUUAAUUUGUUAAAUGAGAUUGAACAUAUCAAGUGAGUAGUGGGGAUCUUCAGGUCGAUGCCGUCGGCAUGAAACAAUUUAGUCUAACAUAUGUGUCGAAUUAAUAUUCAAAAUGACGAACAUGGGUAGCCAUAUACAUGGGUAUAAGGCAGCAAUAGAAGAGGUCAUCACGAGAGAAUCAGAAUAUCGACAAAGAA